AUGGCAUCAAUCGAGGCUCCAGUUGAAAACUUGAAGAACCAACUCAAAGAAGCUCGUGAAGAAGCAAGAGCUCAAAGAGCAACUAUUGUGGAUUUGAGAAAUGAGAUUGACAGACUGAAACGCAAAUAUCUCUUCUUGAAUGCCGAAUUGAAUGCAAUACACGGCGCUGAUCGUGGAGACGCUGAGACGGAAAGUCGUUGGCUAGAUAUGCAACUCCGUGUAAUGAGACAAGAAGCUGAGCAGGCUCAAGUGGAUCGAGAUAGAUACAGGCGGCUCAUCACAAUUCAGGAGCAGAUGAAUCAGAAAGAUGAGUUCAUUCGUAAUCUUCAACGGCAACUCGAGGAGGCAACAGCAACAACUCAGAAUAAUUGA